UAGCUGUUCGGUAUUGCGCCAUACCAUCUUUGUGGCAUAACUUUAAGGUGGCCGUGUAGCACUUUUAUUCUGGUCGUGAUUUAUUUUGCUACAUACUUAUAUAGCAGCAGUUGAUUUGUUGGACAGGUAACAUUAUAUGUAUCUGGGCAGGUGACUUUGCUUGUAUUUGCAGAAUGGCUGCGUUGUGUCGCUGCCAUGAGUUCUUCCUGUUUUCUCUCUUGUUUUCUGCUGCGCCGGAGAGUCCGCGACCCCUGCGAGUCAUAAUGAAGCGCAGCUCUGCGCUGGAAUUCGGGGGAGAUUAAGCACCCUCCGCGCAAUGGCUCCUAAUACCUGCGGGGCAGUUUAAUGGGCGGAAAAAAAGAAAUCUAUGUUAGAACUGCGUGUGUCGCAACAGUCUGGAAGUUCUCUAGGGAAUUAUAGUAGAGGCGGCGUUACAGUGUAUUGUUUGAGGAACUGCGAUCCACGUUUUUGAACCAUAUCUGGGGGUCUCUGGUCUGCACAACGCUGGUGGAAGAGAUUUGCAUGAAGAGAGGAAGAAAAUCGGCGUGGCGUGUCUCUGAGGCUUCCGGACGGCCCCACGGGUGAUCAGGCACCUCUCCUACUCAAGGGGCAAUUGGAUUUGGAGCAGCGAGAGGGGAAGCCAUGGCAGAUGGGCCGAAUGAGCCGCAGGGGUCGGCGCUGCUCAGUAGUCAGAGCCCGGCCGCCUGGAAGAUGGCCAAGCGGCAGCUCAUCCCGAAGAACCUGGCGGUAACCAGCCGGCCAAGGCCCCGGCAUCAUACCACCGUGGUCACCCUGCCCGUGGUACGGGAGGACCAACCGGCCCCCGCGCUGCCCCAGGUGUCCUGGGAGGACUACGACAGCGAGGGCGAGGGCGGUGGCUUCCGCAGGAGCCGCAGGAACAUGUCGUACCGCGUGGCGGUUGCCACUCCCGCCGAUAGUAGGCCGCUGCCCACGUCCACGCAGAAGCCUGUGGGCGAGGAGGCGGCCGCGGGAACCCAGCCUCUGUCCAGCCAAGACAGCGACAAGAAAACAUUAAGAAGGAAAUCCAACCAAAGGAAAGGGGGAUCCUUCAAAGACGACCCCCGGCUGUACCAGGAGAUCCGAGAGAGAGGUCUCCACUCCGAGGGGCAGAGUGGUGACUCUGAGGCCACGGAUGAGCAACCCGAGCGGGACAUUGUGGUCAAGAGCUACCGGCCCACACAGCUCACCUGGAGUCAGCUUCCACAGGUACAGGACAUCCUUCAUUCCAUCGGGGCGGAGCAGCGAAAACGGCAGGAGGCCAUGUUUGAGAUCAUCACCUCGGAGUUCUCCUACCAGCACAGCCUGAGCAUCCUGGUGCGUCACUUCAAGAACAACAAGGAACUGAAGGCGACCAUGACGCAGACUGAGCACCACCACCUCUUCUCCAACAUCUCUGUCAUCCAGGUCAUCAGCCAGCGGUUCUUCGAGGAACUGGACAGACGGCACCAGGGGAACCCUGUGAUAAGGGACAUUAGUGACAUCGUGCAAACAUAUGCCAGCCACCACUUCCAGCCUUACAUCAUCUACUGCUCCAAUGAGACCUUCCAGCAGAGGACACUGCAGAAGCUGCUUGCAAGCAACACAGCAUUCAAAGAGGUGCUGAAGCGGAUAGAGACCAGUGCAGAGUGCGGGGGUCUGCCCAUCAUCUCCUUCCUGAUCCUCCCCAUGCAGCGAGUCACCCGUCUGCCGCUACUCUUGGAUACCAUAUGUCAGAAGACUCCUGAGAAGACGUUUGAACACGGGUCUGCUAUGUUUGCGCUAAAGACCAUAAGCAAGCUGGUGAAGAAGUGCAAUGACGGUGCCCGAACCAUGGAGAGAACAGAGCAAAUGUACACCAUUCAGAAGCACAUGGACUUUGGGAAAAUCAAGCCUUUCCCCCUGAUCUCCGCCUCGCGUUGGCUCCUCAAACGUGGGGAGCUGCUGGUCUGCACCGAGGAGCUCAGCAUCUUCUGGAAGCCAUACAAGAGCCACAAGAGCUUCCACCUGCUCCUGUUCAGUGAUGUGCUCAUCGUCACGCGGAAGAAGAGUGAAGAGAGCUUCACUGUGAUUGACUACGCCACUAUGGACAACGUGGAGGUGGAGCUGGACGGCUCCGACAGGCCGCAAUCUCAAACAUCCAAGCAGGGCAGCAGCAGCCUCUUCCCUCUGAAGCUGAUUAUGAAGAAGAACAGCGAGGGACGCGCCGAACAGAUCGCCUUGGCGGCCGAGUCUCAGAUUGAGCGCGCUCGCUGGGUGACCGCUCUGCGUAAACGGAAACAAACAGACCCCACUUCCAGUCUGACGCAGUGUGAGGUGAACAAGGCCUACAUGCCCAAAGAGUCAGAUGAGCUCGGUCUGCAGCAGGCUGAGGUCGUGCUCAUCCUCCAGAGAGAGGAAGGCUGGUACUAUGGGGAACGCAUGCGUGAUGGAGAGAGAGGCUGGUUUCCUGCGAGCAAUACCACAGAGAUCACAGACCGCGUGGUUGCGGAGGGCAACAUGCGGCGUAUGCGCAGGUUGCGCGAGACCAACGUGUGACCCCCCCCCCCCCCACCAGCAGAUCAGGUAGUGACAUCACACUCCUAGACAGACCAUCAUCAGUCUGGCCCUGGACGAGGGAGGCUAGGGACUAAAGAAUGGAUAAUUGUCAAAUGGCUACUGAAUGGUUUGUGUUUUUUAAUGUACAUAAAAGUAAAUUAAUACCAGACGGAACAAUAUUUUAUGUAUUGUAAUGGUCAAAGAUCCAGGGCCAACAUUUCACUGGAAUUCGGAUGAACUGUGUAACUUUACCGGUGGAGUCCGUAAAGUGGCUUCUUGACGUGUGAAACUGCUGUGAACUUUCAUAGAUGCAUUUGUUAGUGAACUUUUGUUAAACGUGGUACUUUAAAUCUGACCAUAUUUUGUGUCAACUUCCCGUCAAAGAUUUAUGGCUGUCACUCAUAAUAAAAAUGUUGAUAUACGAUUC